AAGAUGUCAGGGGAGGAGGAGUUUUAUCUGUUCAAGAACAUCUCCUUGGUGGGGCCAUGGGAUGGGCCUCAGUACCACAUUGCCCCGGUCUGGGCCUUCCGCCUCCAGGCAGUCUUCAUGGGCUUUGUCUUCUUUGCAGGGACACCACUCAAUGCCACGGUGCUGGUGGCCACCCUCCGCUACAAAAAAUUGCGACAGCCACUCAACUAUAUUCUGGUCAAUGUGUCCCUGGGGGGCUUCAUCUACUGCAUCUCUGUGUCCAGCGUCUUCAUCGCCAGCUGUCACGGAUACUUCAUCUUUGGGCACCAUAUUUGUGCUUUGGAGGCCUUCCUGGGCACUACAGCAGGUCUGGUGACAGGCUGGUCACUGGCCUUCCUGGCCUUUGAGCGCUACCUGGUCAUCUGUAAGCCCUUCGGCAACUUCCGCUUCAGCUCCAAGCACGCACUGAUGGUGGUCCUGGCUACCUGGACCAUUGGUAUUGGCGUCUCCAUCCCACCCUUCUUUGGCUGGAGCCGGUACAUCCCUGAGGGCCUGCAAUGCUCCUGCGGCCCCGACUGGUACACCGUGGGCACCAAAUACCGCAGCGAGUACUACACCUGGUUCCUCUUUAUCUUCUGCUUCAUUGUGCCUCUCUCCCUCAUCUGCUUCUCCUACUCGCAGCUGCUGGGAGCCCUCCGAGCUGUUGCAGCCCAGCAACAGGAGUCUGCUUCAACCCAGAAGGCCGAGCGGGAGGUGAGCCGGAUGGUGGUGGUGAUGGUGGGGUCCUUUUGUUUCUGUUACACGCCCUAUGCUGCGAUGGCCAUGUACUUGAUCAACAACCGGAACCACGGGGUGGACCUACGGCUGGUCACCAUUCCUGCCUUCUUCUCCAAGAGUGCUUGUGUCUACAAUCCCAUCAUCUAUUGCUUCAUGAAUAAGCAGUUCCGAGCCUGCAUCAUGGAGAUGGUGUGUGGGAAGCCCAUGACAGAUGAUUCUGAAAUGUCCAGCUCCCAGAAAACAGAAGUCUCUUCUGUCUCUCCCAGUCAAGUUGGCCCCAACUAAGGAGCCAUACUGGCUUAUCUGCAGCAAUUAGGAUUUUACAUUUAGAGAAAUUUCUUCUCUCUCUCUCAAAAACCAAACUAACAAAUGCAGAGUAAGAUGGGAAGGGAAUAAUGGGAAUUCAGGGAGUCAACUUUCCAUUUUCCUACUGCUCCUUUCCUACCUACAAAGCUAUUGUUCCAACUGGGUCUACUUCAGGUCACUCCAAAGGCCAUGUCAACAAUCCUCAAUUUCUACUCCUAAGUGGCAUCAUUCAUAGCAUUUGGAGAACUGAUUAAGUAUG